AAAGUUGAAAAAGAAAAGCUAACUUCCCCCAAAGCCUAUGUUUUUGAAAGGUUUUUCCUCCGCACUGCCAGAGACAGAGAGAGUGUCUGCAGAGACUUUGGUCUUCUUGAUGGGUACCUCGGACAACCCUCCUCCUGCUCAUGUUCCUCCCACCAGCUUCUCCAAAUCCUUUACCACCCGCAUAUUCUCCGAUGUUGCGGGAGAUAUAACAAUUGUCGUAGAUGGAGAGCCUUUUCUACUACACAAGUUUCCUCUGGUGGCUAGGUGUGGAAAGAUCAGGAAACUGGUGGCAGAAGAGAUGAAAGAGACUUCAAGAACCCUCUCCCAUACAGAGCUCCCAGACUUCCCAGGCGGGUCACACACCUUCGAGCUCGCCAUGAAGUUCUGCUACGGCAUCAACUUCGAGAUCACCAUCUCCAACGUGGUCGCUCUCCGCUGCGCAGCCGGUUACCUCGAGAUGACAGAGGACCACAAAGAAGAGAAUCUCAUCGCACGGACCGAGACUUACCUCGAACAAGUCGUGUUUCGAAGCCUGGAGAAGUCGGUGGAAGUCCUCUGCUCCUGCGAGUUGUUGCUUCACCCUCACGACAUAGCCGAAGCUUACCACGUCCCCGAAAGGUGCGUGGAGGCCAUAGCUAUGAACGCAUGUAGAGAACAGCUAGUGCUGGGACUAUCACGUCUUAACAGAACCAGCCAGAGAGGAGACUCUCCACCAGAGUGGUGGAUCCAAGACCUCUCUGCUCUAAGGAUCGAUUAUUACGCACGUGUUGUCUCCGCCAUGGCGAGAACAGGCUUGCGGUCCGAGAGCAUCAUCACUUCUUUAAUGCAUUACUCUCAGGAGUCUUUAAAAGGCAUCAGAGACCGUCAGGAACGUACCAAGCUCGACUCAGGCACGAUUGAGAACGAGCAGAGGAACGUCGUUGAAGCCAUCGUUAGCCUUUUCCCCAACGACAAAGUCCCUCUGAGUUUCCUCUUUGGGAUGUUGAGGGUUGGGGUUACUAUAAACGUUUCCGUCUCUUGCAGGCUUGAGCUCGAGAUGAGAAUCGCUCAGCAGCUGGAGAGAGUCUCGCUUGAUGAUCUACUCAUACCUGUCGUCCGAGAUGAAGAGUCCAUGUACGAUGUGGACACGGUUCAUAGGAUACUCGUAUGUUUCUUGAAGAGGAUAGAGGACGAAGAACGUAACGAAGAUGACAACGAGACUGAGAGUCUGAUUGAUUCCACGUGUCACAGCUCGUUACUGAAAGUGGGACUGAUCAUAGAUGCGUAUUUGGCAGAGAUCGCACCAGACCCGUUCCUGAGUCUAAACAAGUUUACCGAUUUGAUAGAGAUUUUGCCGGAUUACGUGCGUGUCACGCAUGAUGGUCUCUACAGAGCUAUUGAUAUGUUUCUUAAGGGACAUCCGUUGCUGACCGAACAAGAAUGCAAAAGUCUCUGCAAGUUCGUAGACACGAAGAAACUUACACAAGAAGCAUGCAGCCACGCGGCUCAGAACGACCGGUUACCGGUGCAGAUGGUUGUUCGAGUUCUUUACUCGGAACAGCUGCGUCUGAAGAACAUUGUGUCAGGAGAGUCAGGGAUGGUAAUGUCGUCUCAGAAACUCAGCAGCGGGGUCCCGAGCGGAGCAACGUCUCCGAGAGACACUUACGCAUCGUUGAGGAGGGAGAACAGAGAGUUGAAGCUGGAGAUCUCGAGGGUGAGAGUGAGACUGAGCGAGUUAGAGAAGGAGCAGGUUUUGAUGAAACAAGGGAUGAUUGAGAAGUCAGGUCAUGGUGGAACAUUGAUGACCUCACUUUCCAAAGGGAUUGGGAGGAUGUCUAUAUUUGGUGGUGGAGCUAAAGAAGAGAAACGACGUAAGGCUAACCGCAAAAACAGGCCAAGGUUGAAGGGCAAAACCGGUAUUAACCGAACAGAGUCUAUGUUUUAAAAAGGUGGCUAGGGAACACUUAAUAAUAUCAUGUAUUCUUAACAAAGUCUAUGGCUACUUCUGAGUGUAUAUCUCGUGAUCAGAACUUGGAAUGUGAUUUAUCAAAUAAUAUUAUAGAACAAAAAUUGACAUUAAAA